AUGUCGAAACUUAACAAAGACGUUAUUUUCUUAAUAUUAAAAGAAUUACAAAAUGACCCAAGUUCUUUUUAUUCAUGCCUCUUAAUUAAUAGAAUUUGGUGUGAAACGACUGUACCAAUUUUAUGGAAGAAUCCUGCAAAAUUAUUUAGAAGUUAUAAACGAAAAUGCAAAGCAAGUAAGAGUUUACUUAAUAUAAUACUUUCACAUAUAUCAGAAGAAUCAAGAUAUAAUUUGAAGAAUCAAGGAAUUGAUCUUUUUACAGAAAUACAAAAGAAACCUUUAUUUAAUUAUAUUAGAUAUUGGAGAUAUUUGGAUUUAAAUUUUUUGGAAUACUUAUUAAACGUUCUUGGAACAAGUAUAAAUAUUGAAAAAUCCAAAAUUUUUUUGAUAAAAAAUGAAAUGUUAUAUUUAUUUAAUAUAAAUACAAAAUUUAUUUCUCUUUCUAUUUCAGCACCAUUAUCUCUUAUUUCAGGAUCUGAAGAUUGCUUUUCAAAACUUGAAUAUUUUUAUUGUAAUAAUAAAACCAGUAGCAAAAUUUUAGAAGGAUUGGCUCAAACAAACAAACAAAUUAGAAAAUUUGAAAUUAUUAUUAUGUGCGAUGAUCGUGAAAAUUCUGACAAUUCUACUGAAGUCGUUAAAUUAAUUGAAGCUCAAGGAAACUUAAAAGAAAUCAAUUUUAUCAGAAAAAAUUUUUACAUGAAUGCAAAAUCUUAUUGUAAAAAUCUUGAAGAAUCAUUGAUUAAACAUGCAGAUACCGUCCAAUAUCUGAGAAUAGAUUGGGAACCUAUUACGAAAUUUCUUUCAUAUCUUGUAAAUUUAGUUAGUCUAGAUCUAACAUAUAUAUGUUAUGAACGUGAUCAUUAUGAUAAUUUAAAAACCAUAUCUUUACCUCUUUUAAAAUUUCUAAAAGCUAAACAUAUCCCAUCCAAUAUUUUGUCAAGUUUAAUUGAAAGUACAAAAGGGUAUCUCGUUGAAAUUAGUAUUCUUUAUCAUUAUAUUUUUGAUAAAGGAAGGCUUAUCCGGGCAAUUUAUCAAAAUUGUUUAAAUCUCAAAAUUCUUAAAUUAUCAAUGACAAAUGAGAAUAUUUCAGAUUUUGAAUAUUUAUUAAUUAAUUGUCAAUAUUUAAAUAGUUUAGAAGUUAUAGGUACAAAUUAUUUUGAUUGGGAUGAAUUAUUCGAAAUAUUAACAAAAUCAACACCAAUUGGUUUGUUUAAGUUUACUUUUACUUCUCCUAUUUCCGAUUUGAAGCGUAAAAUGAAUUCUAUAAAAUUGUUUCUCGAUAAUUGGAAGGACAGACAUUCAAUGUCAUUAUAUAUUGUUUCAUUGGAGGAAGCAUACAUGAAAAUGCUAAAGCAACAACGGCGAAAAUUUCAACAACAAGACAAACAACAGCAGCAAAUAUUAGAAAAUUUAUUACAGCAAUAUGUAGCAAUAGGUAUAGUUGAAAAAUUUUCCAUUCAAAUAAGUUAUACAAAAUUCUGA